CAGCUGGUUUUCUAGAACGCCCUGGGCCUGGCAGAUCCGAGUGGGGCAGGCGCAUCGUGGGGUGGCGCGGACGGCGGGGCGCUGUUGGCCCACGCAGUCAGUCACCCGUCAACCCUACCAAUUAUUGCAUGUGCUGGAGCCGCCGCUGUGCCUGAAGUUCCCAAGAGACAUGACCUGCCGACAGUGUUUCGUCCGACUUUGAAACAAACAAUCAGACUUUUGCUCCAUCUCAAUCUCUGAGGGGUCUGUUCAAAACUCGACCGUUGCACCUCAUUCUAGGCAAGAAAGGCCACCCACCACUUCACGACCUUUAGCUCGCUUUAGGUAGCCAACCAUCCCUUUGAAGCACUCAGGGGAUCAGCCAUCACCAACUCCCCGGAAUCUAGAAAGCGCGCGUAAGGUUGGGCUUUUCUUCCUCCUUCAAGUUUUCUGCAGAGACGCACAAGGCAUCUCUGCAAUACCCAAAAACGGCUUCUCACGAGUCUACCCAGUCUCUCACGCCCUCCGAGGCCCAACGCGAUCUCCUUCGCAAAACAACCACCGCGGGAAGCAUCCUCUUCAACCGCGCUUACACUUCCAACACCCAACCCCCGCCGACUCCGCGCUUCGUCGUUUCGCACCCCGAACGAGCACCGCAGUCGAGCUCGCAGAAUCAACAAACGGCAAACAUGGACGGCAAGAGACAGCACCACAGCUCCUUCCAGCAGCUGGAGAAGCUCGGCGAGGGUACCUAUGCGACAGUUUUCAAAGGCCGCAAUCGCCAGACGGGCGAAUUCGUCGCUCUCAAGGAAAUCCAUCUCGACUCGGAAGAGGGCACCCCUAGCACGGCUAUUAGAGAGAUCUCCCUGAUGAAGGAGCUGAAGCACGAGAAUAUUGUCGCACUGCACGAUGUGAUCCACACGGAAAACAAGCUGAUGCUUGUCUUUGAGUACAUGGACGGCGAUCUCAAAAAAUACAUGGACAACAACGGCGAGCGUGGGAUGCUCAAGCCACAUAUUGUCAAGUCUUUCAUGUGGCAAUUGCUGCAGGGCAUUCACUUCUGUCACGAGAACCGAGUCCUGCACCGCGAUCUCAAGCCACAGAAUCUUUUAAUCAACAACAAGCUGCAGCUCAAGCUUGGUGAUUUCGGCCUGGCUCGUGCCUUUGGCAUUCCGGUUAACACCUUCAGUAACGAGGUUGUCACGCUCUGGUACCGCGCCCCGGAUGUUUUGUUGGGAAGCAGGACAUACAACACCAGCAUUGACAUCUGGUCAGCUGGCUGCAUCAUGGCCGAGAUGUUUUCUGGACGACCGUUGUUCCCUGGCACCACUAACGAGGAUCAGACGAUCAGGAUCUUCAGGAUCAUGGGCACGCCAACGGAGAGGACGUGGCCGGGGCUGUCACAGUUCCCCGAGUAUAAGGCGAAUUGGCAGAUGUAUGCGACGCAACCGUUGCGGAACAUCUUGCCUCAGAUUGACGAGAAGGGCAUCGAUCUUCUUCAGCGGAUGCUGCAGUUGCGCCCAGAACUGCGCAUCUCGGCGGCCGAGGCGUUGAAUCAUGAGUGGUUCGCCGAGUUUCACCAGCCUGCGCACCCGCAACACCACCCUCAACAGCCGAUGAUGCAUCCUCAUCGGGGCUACCAGCAGCACACUGUGCCGAGCCAGAAUGUCUAUGGAAAUUACCAAGGUUAGGGGCCGAGGCCGCAUUUAUACUCGGGUGGUCAUGCUAUUAGGAAGGCAGGUAGGAGGAAGUAGUUUGGGUAGGAAGGGAAGGUGUUGUAUGUCGGCAACGAGCAAGAAGGAGGAUUUUUGGGUUCAGUUCUUUCUUCUCAGUUAUAUGUGCCAUGAUGAUAAUGAGUGGGAGGGGGGGAGGAAAUGAUAUUGGUUUUUUUGUUUCUUCCUCAUUCGUAUCUUUUAUAUAGCGUCAAGCGGAGGUAGCAGCAGCAGCAUAGAUAAUCUCACGAGAUACCCAUAUUGUUUUUUGUUCC